GAAACACUCCUUUACAUCUUGCUGUGAUGUUGGGGCAUAAAGAAUGUGCCCACUUGCUUUUAGCCCAUAAUGCUCCAGUAAAGGUGAAAAAUGCUCAGGGAUGGAGCCCUCUUGCAGAAGCCAUCAGCUAUGGAGACAGACAAAUGAUUACAGCACUCCUAAGGAAGCUUAAACAGCAGUCCCGGGAAAGUGUUGAAGAAAAACGACCUCGAUUAUUAAAAGCCCUGAAAGAGCUAGGUGACUUCUAUCUAGAGCUUCACUGGGAUUUUCAAAGUUGGGUGCCUUUACUUUCCCGAAUUCUGCCUUCUGAUGCAUGUAAAAUACACAAGCAAGGUAUAAAUAUCAGGCUGGACACAACUCUCAUAGACUUUACCGACAUGAAGUGCCAACGAGGGGAUUUAAGCUUCAUUUUUAAUGGUGAUGCAGCACCCUCUGAAUCUUUUGUAGUUUUAGACAAUGAACAAAAAGUUUACCAGCGAAUACAUCAUGAGGAAUCAGAGAUGGAAACAGAAGAGGAGGUUGACAUUUUGAUGAGCAGUGAUAUUUACUCAGCAACAUUAUCAACCAAAUCAAUUACCUUCACACGUGCCCAAACGGGAUGGCUUUUUCGAGAAGACAAAACAGAAAGAGUAGGAAACUUUUUGGCAGAUUUCUACCAGGUUAAUGGACUUGUGCUAGAAUCAAGGAAAAGAAGAGAACAUCUUAGUGAGGAGGAUAUUCUUCGAAAUAAAGCUAUCAUGGAGAGCCUGAGUAAAGGUGGCAACUUAAUGGAACAAAAUUUUGAGCCUGUGAGACGGCAGUCACUUACUCCACCAUCACCCAAUACAAUUACAUGGGAAGAGUACAUAUCUGCUGAAAAUGGAAAAGCUCCUCAUCUGGGUAGAGAGCUGGUCUGCAAAGAGAGCAAGAAAACCUUUAAAGCCACGAUAGCUAUGAGCCAGGAAUUUCCCUUAGGAAUUGAAUCAUUAUUGAAUGUUUUAGAAGUAAUUGCACCCUUCAAGCACUUUAACAAACUUAGAGAAUUUGUUCAAAUGAAGCUUCCACCAGGCUUUCCUGUAAAGUUAGAUAUUCCUGUAUUUCCCACCAUCACAGCCACUGUGACUUUUCAGGAGUUUCGUUACGAUGAAUUUGAUGAAGCUAUCUUCACUGUUCCUGAUGACUACAAGGAGGACCCCAGCCGUUUUCCUGAUCUCUAAUUAAACUGGAAGGUUAAUGGUGGAUAACAAUACCAGCGUACCACAGUGAAAGCAAAUGGAUGCAAAUAGCCCACAGAUACAGGUAUAGAAGUGGGUCAUAAAGGAAGGGAUAAACUUAAAAUAAUAACCCAGAAGAAAAGGGAACAUGCAUCGAGUGACUGAUGUACUGAUAUUCACUAUAAUGGGCAUCUAAUCUAGUUCCUGAUUUACAGCAAGUCUCCUGAUGUGUCGUUCAUACUUUUAUACAUCCAGUACUGCAAGUGUGGUAGUCUGACACCUCAGUGACCCUAAGAAUAUUUAACAGCUGUGAGGACUAUCAUUCUUUUUUAAAUUUUUUACAUUUCUUCUUGGUGAUACAGAAAGCACUCUUGGACCAUUAGCAUAAAAAUUGAAAUGUCUUAGCUGGAUAUUAAUCCUUUAAAACAUCCCACUGUACUUAAGAUGACCAUAUUAUAUUCUUUCAUGCUUUGUUUUCAUGAGUUGUAAACUAUGUAUCAUUAUGUAUAGUUCAGUAAUUUGAAUGUUAGUUGAACAUAUAUUAGAAGGAAUGCAUUUUCUGUAGAUGAAUGAAUCAAAUGGUAACCAUUAAACAAUUGCGUUUUCAUAUUGCAAUACACAUCAGAAAUAGCAUUCACUCUGCAGGGAAUAAGGUACCUCCUUUAGCACCUUAGUGCAAUCCAUUGUGGUGCUAUCUAUGUCUCUCUGAACUGUUCAUUUCUUCACUGAGCUCUUUGUUAAUCUUCCUUGCAUUGGCACAAGCAAGUAACUUCUUUUUAUCAUACUGACUUAAAAAGUUCUUGCUGUGUCCGUGAUACGGUGUUGAUUAGCAUGUUUGGGGGCUCAUUAGCUAGAAAUCGUCACUCUUUUUUUUUUUCGUUCCUUUUUUCACACUCACUUGGGAGACUUGCUCCAUAAUGGCUAAACAUCAACUAGGUUAUCUUGUUUUUAUGUCCAGCAGCCACUGGAAUACAUGGGAUGCAUAUGAAGAGUUACUAGAACAAUAAGCUCAAACAUUAAGUCUUCUUACACAAAAAAGUUUUUCUUGAAGUUAGUUUAAUUGUAGUGCACAUUGAAUAGAGCUCGCACUGGAAGAUUUUAUUUGCAAAUGCUUAGGCCGUUUCCAAAUUAAUUUUCUUCCUCUCAAUAUUUUUAAUAGGUAAGGAGUUACAGUCCUCGAAUUUCUUGAGCUUAUUCUCAUUCCAAGUGGUUUCAGUCUCCUAAUUUGACAAUAAUCCAGCUUUCUGGUUUGUUAGGAAGAAUUUGUGCAAAAGGCUAAUGGUGCUAUUUGUUUGUAUUAAGAAAUUUAGAUUAAAGUGCUGUGGUGUAACUGUACAAAAAUGUAAAUAUUUUCAAAAUUAUAUUCUUUGUGCACUGUAGUUAAAACUUUUUUCUGGAAAUCAAUAGAAUUAUGUUUCAAACUUUAUUAUAAAGAGUACCAUCAAUGCUUAGUAAAGGUAACCAAUCUGACUAACCAUGCAGAUGAUGAUAAAUGGAGAUAGCUUAUCACAAGGCAAUAAAAGCUGACUUGUCAGGCACAUCAGUCAAAUGUGGAAAUACUUCAAAUAGACAUUCUUUCAAAACUUCUGGAAUCCUGUCUAUAUAAUAUCCAAAGAGGCUGCUCUAAAGAAGUGCAGUAUCCACUCUGUUAAUGGAGUCCUAUUGAAUCACUAUCAGCAAGAGAAAGAUAAAGUGAAAAUAGGAAGUUGAGGUUGAUCCUAUUCCAGCAUUACUUUAAACCUGCAAGUUUGACAGGUGGGUAGCGUUUACUUUGCAGACAGUGACCGAUACACUGGAGUUAUUUCAUUCUAAAUCAAAUUGAAAAUAAAACAAUGGAGGAAAAAACAAAGGGAAAUGUAAAAUUCUUGUAAUUACUUUUGAAGUACUGUAUCAGUAGCAGAUGUUGAACAUUUGGUAGGAAUGAUAGGACUUGUUCUUCCAAGUAAUUAUGAAUUCCUAAAGUGUUUUACAUCUAUGGUAUAAAUUGACACCCACCUCAUAAUCCUCCUUAGCACUGAGAUCCUUCGCAUUAAGAGACCAGGAUUGAAUGUAUGUGGAGACUGACCCAUCCUGUCAGUGCUAGAGGUCAGGGUUAAAUGUCAGUGGGGCCAAAUGUAGAAUCCUUCUGUUGCCCUCUAUAUUACAGAUUUCUAUUACAGAGAAGAAUGUUUUGUUUAGUGCUGCUGGAUCAGGUUUUGUGAUGGUCACUAAAUGGAAGUAGCAUAUCCCCGAAUGAGUGCAGGUACCGUAUGAGAGUACUGAGUUGCUUGGAAAUUUCAGCAAACAGUAGGACGUUUCUCUGUAAGGUGAAUGUUAGAAGUCUUUUCUCUCAGUAUUAGAGAAAGAACUAUGUGUUUCAUAUUAUUUUGCAUUUUUGGUUAUUCCAAAAUAUCUUUGCAGAGCUUGCUGACAUAGGAAGGAGCAUACAUAGCUAGAGCUUUGUAUUGUAGGCAAUAUAGCAACUGCAAUGGACUGCAUUCUAGAUUUACAAACAAAACAAAGAAGCAUUUAGUUUAGCCUGUGGAAAUGUUUUCAGCGAUUUUCAUGGACUCUGGCUGAAGACUUUGUGGGUUUUUUUUAACCUUCAUGAUUUCACAACUACUAACUUUGAUACCUUCUAAGAUUUGCAGAAACUUUUUAUAGUGGGUUGCUAUAUUAAGGCUUGUUCUAAUUUGGCGUGUCAGCACAAGUGGACGCAGAUUUGGUUGACUGUAAUCUUUUUACGUUAUUAUAGUGAACAUACCCUACUGCUUCUUUUCUUAAUAUGAAGUUGAAUGAUCUGACUCCAAUCCAAUUGUCUUUUUCAGUUCAGUGACUGUUUUUUAGAUUCCUGCGACAGCCUCAUUAAGUAAGAAUUGGUGAACUGUUCUCAGUACAUUUCCUUCCAUCUUGCUACUUUUGGUGAUGUGUAUUCUGUCUGAGUGACAUCUCCUAGUGAUGAGUUUUAAACACUAUUAAAACAUACGGACAUUUGGGUAUGGUUUCCUGGACGAUACAGUGAAAGCUGUAGGAAUCUCAGCCAGCGAGAGGGAAGUCUUGCAUCGGGCUGAGCCUGCAUGAGGGACUUGCAUAUUGGUGCAACUGUAGCAGUCCACAGGUGUGAAGAGAUGUGAUCCCUGACAAUGUAGCUGUGCUGGUGCAAUUCUUUAGUGGUAACUGUGUCCACACUGAUAUAAACGUUUUAUCCGGUAUAAUUUGUUCUGCUUGCAAGGAUUUUUUUAUUGUACUGAUACAAAGUGUGUAUUUGUCAGUAUGGAUGGAUCCACAAAGAAGCUUUGCCUGUGCUGUAAACGGGUAAAGUGUUUCUAGUAUAGACAUAGCCUUAGUCCGCAGCUGUGCUGUGGGCUUUGGUGUCCUUUACCACUUCUGAUCUCCUGUUAAGAUAUCUUUUGGAAAUUUAUCUUUUCUAGCAGGAUUGAUCUAGCAGAUCUUGGUUUUUGUUUUUCCCCUUAUCUUUUCCUUAAGAUUGUGUUAGCGUUUAAGAAAAGGUUUGGUCUCCUGUAGAGUGAAUACAUAUCCACAGUGCGUUUACAGAGGUUGUCUCAUUACUACUGCAUAACAAGAGGUGUGUCAGCUUUAAUAUUUGAAAUUUUACUUGUGCAGUUAUAGGGACUUUCAUCACAACAAGCUACCCUGGAAUAUGAGAGUAUCUAGAUAGCUAAAAACCAAUUUCUGGGAGUAGUAACUGAGUUGUAUGAUAUCACUGGUGGUUAGCACAACUGGGAGGGGGAAAAAAAAAAAGGAAAAAAAUUGAAACUUUCAGAGGUGAUGUAAGGUUCAAAAUGUUAAGAUACAAACUGACACCAUGGUGGUGUUUGAGGUAAAGCUGACAAAGGUGCAAGAAUGCCUCACAGAGGGGGAAAUCUCUGUGUACCAAUGCUGGGGAAGAGACAACCUCAGUAUAUCGUGUGGGGCUUUUUCUUUUGUAAUCUCACCCCUCUUUUUUUUCUGAUGGCUGUGGAUUUUUUUUAUGAAUAAGUAUUAAAAAACAGCCAUUAAUUUUGGUAAGCGGAAAUAAGAAAUUGUUGCAGAUGAACUCCUAGGAUUGUUUCUUAACCAAACUGUUUUACUCGUCUUCCAAAAUAUUGCUUUAAUUUGUGGCAAAGGGAAUGCAUUUUCUUUUUCCUUUUAAGGAGCUGCUUUUCCAGUCACUGUACUCACUUUACUGCAAUUCUUGAUUUAUGUAUUGAAAUGAUUUGUUACAAAGAAUUCUGGAUAUAUUUGUGCUGGAAAACCACCAUGUUAAGUUGACAUUCAAAGCAAUUGUCUUUUUUUAAUGUACUUGUUCUUGAUUUUUAAUUCAUGCAAUGAUAACUGCAUUAUUUAAUCUGUAUUAACAAAUUUCCUGUAAUGCUGCAGUUUCACAUUUAAUUUCCUUACAAUUUGUAACUAUCAUGGAAACAAUGUCACUUUUUUGCAUUUUACUAUUUGUGUGGUCCAUGUUUUUAACUUACCUUCACUAAUAGUAUUUUUUUAGGUUGUGUCAUUUGUUAGAAUAAAGACCAAAAUAUGCUGUUUGAUUCUG